AUGCCGCCACCAUUCGACGAAUCCGUGCCAUCACACACGCACGCUGCUGGACCUGCCGCCGUCGCAAGCCCAGCCGAGGCUGCGUUACCUCCGCCCAAAUCGGUCAAGCCGGGCCACGCGUCCUCCACCUCCCCGUCAUCGAUGCAGCCGACCGCCGCCGUCGUUGCAGCCACCCAGAUCGCGCUCGCAGUGGCAUCGGACGAACGAGAUAGUCCUGCGCCGAGCGGUGAGGCGCAAACGGUGGCGGGGCGCGUCUGGUCGCUCGCGGCGCAGCUGUCCCGCCUCGUGCUGCGACGAGCGGACGGGUUGCCCACGGUCAAACAAGACGCCGCCUCGGAAGGAGCACCACAAGCAGCGCCAGAACGCUCAGUAGACAUGUCUGUCAGCCAACUCCGGAGCAAGUCGGCGGCCGCAUCUGCUCCCGACCAGCUCCCGUGGUGGAUGCCGCGCCGAUCCGUCUGCAUGCGACUGCUGCAGCACGGACCCAUCCCGAGACACGUUGCAUUCAUCAUGGAUGGCAACCGUCGAUUUGCGAAAAAGAUUCACGUCAACACGGCCAUGGGCCACGCGCUGGGGUUUGACAAGCUCGAGCAGACACUUGAUUGGUGCCUGGAGCUCGGCGUUCGCAUAGUCACGGUGUAUGCGUUUAGUAUUGAGAAUUUCAAGCGGUCGUCGCAAGAGGUCACCGCGCUCAUGGACCUGGCCAAGGUCAAGUUUGCGCGUUUGAUUGAAGAAAGCGAGGUAAUCCAAAAGCACGGAGUCAGCAUACGCGUCUUGGGAGAUGUGACAAUGCUUCCAUUGGAUGUCCAGCAGGCAAUUGCUCGCGCCGUUACGCUUUCUCGAAAUAACUCAAAAUCCAUCUUGAAUAUCUGUUUCCCGUACACAUCACGUCAUGAAAUGGUGGAAGCUACAAAACAAAUUGCAACAGGCUUGUCAGAAGGGCGGUUGCAAGAGAGCGACAUUACCGAAGAUUUGUUUGAGCGAUGCAUGUACACGGCCGAUGCCCCAGACUUGUUUGUUCGGACGUCUGGCGAAGUCCGUUUGAGCGACUUUAUGCUCUGGCAGAGCGCCUUCUCCCACAUGUACUUUGCCGAAGUCUUGUGGCCCGAGUUUUCGCUGUGGGAUUUAUUUGUUGCCGUGCUGCAUUAUCAGCGCAACCACAAUCACGUCCAGACAUCCCGCAAGCAGUACUUGAAUCUUCGAAAUCACUGGCAAAUGCAGCACGACUUGGCCAGUGGGCUUGGCAAUCUACUCGACAGCCCGCAAGGUGCUCAAAGUGCUUCAGAGUGUCUCUCCGCGCGAAAGCAACGGCAAACAGUCUUUUUGAAGUGGCUCGAACAAUCGCGGAUGGAUUAUUUUGAAACUCUCUGCCGCAAUGCCAAGCCCAGCCAACUCAGCGCAUGA